GUCAUGACGAUGUCACGGUACAAUGAUACCCCGGUAACGUAAGACGGAAAAGUCAUCCCCCCCCGGCCGUCGACUACAGACCCUUAGAUAUAUCGAGAUGGAAGCCGGCUUCCGCCUGCAACAAACACCGCGGUCACAUGCUCUCAACACAAACCCACAAUUACACCUUCGCUGAUCCCACCCACAAAUUUACUAUAUCCAAAGCGCACGUCUACCGAUCAAUAGCCGUUCGGCACCUACUCGGUAUGCAAAGCCCCGAAUACGAAGAACUCCGCCAAACAGCAACAUACUGGGAAGUAACCCGUCGCCUCACCGGCGCAUGGCGUCUCCGCCGUGCACUCGACUCAAUCGGCAUUGAUCUGGUUCGGCAGAAUUUGGAGAGUGGGAAGUGGUCGUGUACGCUUUGUCAGGAUGUCCAAGCCUUCGACAAGCUUUUGGAGGAAUUCGAGGAUGCGAGGGCAGCUUUUGAGUUGGACAAGGAUCGGGCGUUCACGCCUUUCUAUCAGGUGUAUUUGAUGCGGAGAACGGAGAGGUUGGAGGAAUGUUCAUCGCGGUUGGCAUGGGUGAUCACAGCUAUUGUGCACAAAGGGCAUCUGAAGAUGGGGGAGGAGAUGUGGAGAGGUGUUGGUCCAGAUGGAUGACAUAUGCAUACGGGCAUGAUGCUUCGGUCAACGCGUACGAUUGAUUGUCGCGCAUAACAGGACGUUCGUUUAAAGAUCGUGUUCGACAUUAC